AUGACCGAGUCCAGCGAGACAGGCUCACCUAUACUUCAGGCAAAAGAUUUAGCAAACUACUGCCCUAGGAUUGUCUCUAUUUUCUGCCAUGAGAAAGACGCCGCGUUGAAGUUCUUUGCCGGUGAUAUAAUCCGCAGUCUACGCUCUACGGGCACUAAUGAACGGCACCUCUGGAAGUCUCGCGAACUGAAAUAUAGAAGUAUUUUCUUCGAAUGCCUGCGGAAAUAUCCCAAUGAUUGGAUCCAGUCUUUCCAUUCUUAUACCAACGAGGUGGAGCACUAUGAAUCAAGGGAGGCAAGAGUAAGUUCGAGGAAUGAGAGAUCUGGAACCAUCAAGCAAAGCUCCUGUCACCUCAUUGGUUCCGUCGCAAUUGGUUCUCAGACAUACUCGGGUCCUGCGAUACUUGCGCUGUCCACUUCGGAUUCCGUUAUAUUCAUAUUUCCCGACAGCGACUACAUUGAAAUUCCAGUGCAGUAUAUCUCAGAACCCGUCCAUCAUGUUCCGAAAAGGAGAAGGGGACCAAGCGACGCCGCGAGCUUGGAGUUUGAAGCGACUGGUGGCGUGCUGCUGAAUGGAAGACAGCUGCUCAGCAAAGCCAGCAUCUCUAUUGUCUCUGAUAAAGACUUGAGUGGAUUGCGGGACGUGCUUACUGACGCCAGAAGCAAAGCUCAGAAGCAGGGUCGAGCUACCCGGAGGGUCUCGUCAACUAUGGUGGCUCUAGACACAGCAGAGGAAGUGGCAACAAAGUCCAGUCAAUGUCGCGAUAGUUCGUCUCAGUGUUUUAAUCACGAGGUGGGCUCAUCUGCCAAUAAAGACCAUGGUUCUCGCGGCGAAUCAAUCGCGGAAGCGUCAAAUGUGGGGUCACAUGAGCUGCGUGCUAUGUCAGAUUUGACCCGAGAGGCAUCAAAGCCGGAGAGUUCACAAAUGGCGAUUGAAGACGUUGAGACAUUAGCAGCGGCACUUAGCGAAAAUGAGAUUCCUACUAAUCAAGAGCACGGAGACAAGAGCCCAGGGAAGAAGAUUUCCUUCGCAUACGAUGCUAGGGAUUCUCCAAAAGAACAUGUCACGAGUCCCAUAGCAGAGGCCAAUCCAGCGGAGCAUAUCACGGAACCUGAGACAGCAGAUGCAGCAUCGAAAAGGUCGCAACCAAAGCGUUCCGGUGUGCCCAAUAGACGUGGAACUCAAAAGAAGCAACCUCUCAGGCGCAGUCCAAGGGGAAGGGCGUUGAGCAAUAGAAAGGAUCGACGAGCAAUACCAAACACCCAGGAGUCUCUGUUGUUUCCUCGCAUGGGACGUCCCAGCAAGAAAAUUUAUACUUCUCGCUCCAAGCGUGCAGUCGACUGGGAGGAAGACCUCAGACCAACCGAAGAUGAUGAGGAGGCAGCGAGAGUAGUGCAAAAUAAUUCUCAACUGACAUCCGUUUCGUCGCCGUCCCCCGGUGAUACCAGCAUCUUCAGCAAAAGGCCAAACUCAGCACAGAAAAAACGGAAGGCCCGAGCAGCACCAUCAUUGGCGAAAGGCAAGCGGUCAGCAAAGAAGAAAGUGGCAAGCGUCAAUAGAAGGGGAAGGACGCCGCGUCUACCUUUGCAGACGAAGGAACCAAAUGUUGAGAACGGCAACGAGGGAACAUCAACUGGCGACGAGGCCGAGAAGACGACAAAUGAUACGAAUGGAAGUACCGGUGCCGGAAAUAACGCAGGUUCUCGACCACAUAAUCAUGAAGACAAAGAGGACACUUUUGGACUGGCAGCCAAACCUGACAAUAUUUCUUUUGCUGUCAGGAUGGAUCAGUUGCCAUCAGGGGUGCAAGGCAGUAGGAGCCCAUUGGAAGAUACUUGUGUCAAGCGGAGUGCACAGGCAGACGCUACAAAUGGUGCUGGGCAGGGAAGAGAAGAAGCCGGUGCAGGUAACCUGCAUAUGGAUUCCAACGAGCAGCCCUCUACAGACAGGGUGAUGGUAUCUCAAACAUCUCCACAGCAGACAGAGUUUUGGAUCAAUCAGGACUCUCGCUUCUCUCCUGUUCACGAUGAGAAAGCUCUUAUGGAAGGAUCCCUUCCUGAGCAGGGACUCGAGUUGCCCAAUGAGUACGAAAUCCAGCAGAGUGAAUCCGAUAAGCUUCAAGGAAUUGGUGACUUUCAGGCUCUGUUUCUCUCACAGGAGGAUGAGAUUGGACGACUUUCUGUGUCGAUCAGAGACCGUGCACAUGAUACUCCGGCGGAGACAGUGACAGACGGAAACAGAGACGAUGCCCAGAGUGAACCAGAGGAAAGACUCUUAGCGCGCAGCAGGAAGAGAGCCGCUACCCAGAGUACUACCGAGGAAAACCCAAAUAAAAAGUCUCAAACGACCUUUGCUACUUCGGGAGAUGAGAGGUUGCACCAGCUAGAAGAUGCGGUUGAGCCAGAUAGGACGAGCAGACAAAGCAAUAUUGACAGCAGUUCGAGUGCCUCCAUAAUCAGUGCUGGAGCAAAUGGGGGGAAAGUUGAGCGAACAGACGACCACCCCAGAGGGGCCAAGCCGCAUGAUUUUGCCGGCAUCGAGUCAAAAGAAAAGCAUAGUCGAUGA